AUGACUGAACAUUGUGUCAAUUUGUUAAUGUUAAAAAAGUGUCCCUCAAGUGUUAAAAUUACUACGUUUGCAAACCAGACUUCGGCGACUGUUCGGGGAAAAUCAAAUGUUACAUUGGUACCUCGUGAUAGUCAGUCACCAUCUUUGUGUAUAGAAGCUUUGAUUGUUGCUCAUAUAACAGGAACUACUCCACAAACUUCUUUAAUACAUGGGAAUUGGCCACACUUGAAAAACCUAUCACUGGCUGAUCCAUUAUACAAUGUUCCUGGUUCAAUUGAUUUGUUACUUGGGGCAGACAUCUUACCUGAAAUAUUUCUUGAUGGAAAAAUGUCUGGUAAACCAGGUCAACCAAUUGCUAUGGAAACUAUUUUUGGAUGGACUUUAAUGGGACCAGUUGAACAGUGUAAUAAAUUAGAAAUUACUUCAUUAAAUAUUACUGUUUCGGAGACCCUGGAUACUACUUUAAAAAAGUUCUGGGACUUAGAAGAAAUACCAUUUACUCGCCAUUUAAGUCCUGAUGAUAAAAUGGCUGAACAAAUUUAUCAAAAGACUACUACUCGUAUCAAAGGUGGACAGUUUAUGGUAACUAUCCCAUUUAGAACUCUUCGACCUAUCUUAGGAGAUUCAAAAUCUAUGGCUUUACGUCGGUUUAAAUUUUUAGAAGCUCGAUUGAAUAACAAUCAGACUCUUCGUGAUCAAUAUGUAGACUUCAUGAAAGAUUAUCUAACUACUGGUCAUAUGGAACUUGUACCUUUAACAGAAAUUGCAAAUGCGCACACAUACUAUAUUCCUCAUCAUUGUGUACUUCGACCUGAUAGUAAGACAACCAAAUUGCGUGUUGUAUUUAAUGCUUCAGCACGUACAAGUGCUGGCUUGUCUUUAAAUGAAUCUAUGUAUACUGGGCCUAAGCUUCAACCUGAUAUACAAGCUAUUUUAUUAUGUGCACGGAUUUGGAAAUACUUGUUUAUCACAGACGUAAAACAGAUGUACCGUCAAAUAUUAAUACAACCGACUGAUCGAGACUACUUAAGAAUUUUUUGGCGUUUUUCACAAAAUGACCCCAUUAGUGAAUAUCGAUUGUGUACAGUCACGUAUGGGACAUCCGCAGCUCCUUUCCAAGCAUUGCGUACCAUUCAUGAGUUAGCAAAUGUUGAUGGCAAGUUAUACCCACAGGCAGCUGAAAUACUGUUGAAUGAUACGUUUGUGGAUGACAUAAUUACUGGAGCUAAUUCAGAAAAGGAAUCUUUAGAUUAUCAAGCACAACUUAUAAAAUUGUGUUCCCUGGCCCAUUUUGAACUACGAAAAUGGGCAAGUAAUAGUAGUCAAAUCCUUCAAGCCGUCUCUGAAAAUGCAAGAGCAAUAUCACCAUCCCUGUUACUUAAUAAAAGUGAACAGUCUGAUCUUAAAGUACUUGGCUUAAGAUGGAAUCCAAAAGAUGAUAGUUUUUCAUUCAUUACUCAAACUUCAUCAACCAAGCUGACUAAACGCUCAAUCCUGUCAGACAUAGCACGAGUUUUUGACCCUUUAGGACUGCUUUCACCGGUAACUUUCUUGACAAAACACAUGAUCCAGUUACUUUGGACUGCAGGCAUUGACUGGGAUGACGCUGUUCCCACAGAAAUUGAAAUUAUGUGGACGCGUUACCUAGCUGAAUUGAAAUUAAUUGAAAGUAUUGCAAUUCCUCGACGAGUAACGCUUGAUGAAGUCAUUUCUUCCCAACUUCAUGCUUUUUCUGAUAGCUCAGAAAAGGGAUAUGCUGCUGCUGUAUAUCUUCGAGUUCAAACAUCUACUUGUAUUUGUUGUCAAUUACUGAUUGGAAAAUCAAAAGUAGCGCCACUUAAAAAGUAUACGAUUCCUCGCUUGGAAUUAUGUGGUGCAUUACUUGCUGCGAAACUACUUCGCUUUGUUGUUGAGACUAUAACAGAUUGA